AUGCUUACAGAUCGCACAAAUCAUAACAAGCCGUUUGUGCUGAAGACAUUUCAACGGAGGGCGAAGGAGCCAUCAGCUCCUGACAGAGGAGCAGCUGUGUUAAGUGACGUUUGUGGCAAGGACGAGCUUUCCGGGAACACAACCGAAACUGCUCACACAGCUUUGGGCUUUAAGAGCACCCGUUAUGUUCUGCCAGGCGGGCAUGAGCUUAAGUCAGGGAAUGUUCCUGCCGCUGUUUGCCCGGGAGGUCUACUUAAGAGCUUAAGGGACCGGCGGACAAGCGUGGUUCUGCCUUUCGCAAUGGUGCUAGACGCCAUGCACCAUAAGAAGGAGAGUGCUGGCAGCCGCAGGGAACAUGAGCGGCUCCUGGCUAUGAGAGCACACUUUGCCGAACUUGUAGUGCGAUACGCAGAGAUCGACGCCUUUGAACUUGCCGUGGAGGACCCGGUACCCAGCCCGCAACCUGAGCGCCGCCGCAGCCACCAAUACCACAAGAGCCAGCGCAGCAAUGGCCCUCAACGCAUGCCCGCCAAACGGGCCAUCCGGCUGCUGCUACUGCUGCCGCCACUGGUGUCAACGCAGCAGCUAGAGUCCCGGCCAACGAGCUUUCCGGGUCCCUCACCCGCUGGCUUGCAUCCACUGGGGCUCCCCCCUGACCCACACGGCCAGGACGAGGUGGUUGACGUCCUGGCUCGAAGCUUACGGCGCCUGGGUGUCAUCAGGGCUAGUGGCGGUGGUGGCGGCGGACACGAACCAGCCUCCAGGACUGCCAGCUGCGGCUCACACCCGGCUGCACCAAGCGGCGCUGCAGGCGAUGUGGGUCACGGCGGAUGGCUGUCACAGGAGGCGGCGGAGGAGGAGGAGAACGGGGAGGAGAGGAUGCUGGUGCCGCCGGGGCAAUGCUCCGCUCAGUCCGGGGCCAGAUCGCCACCACCAGCAGCAGCAGCUGUCCAGCGCAGCCGCACCAGCAGCUGUAGCAUGGCCGUCUUGGCGGAGGCGGAGGCGGGUGCUGUUAGCGUCGUCCUCAGCCACCGCGGCGGGCGAAGCUCUCUGUCCCCUGUCGUAUCUCCGCCCGGGGAGAGGGGACCAUGUAGUGAUGUGGUGACGGACAUCGUGUGCAUGAGCGUGAGCGCUAUGUCGCUCACGGCCCUGACGCCGGACGAGGGCGCUGCAGCUCGGCAUGGGCGUGUAUCGCAUGCGCACCGUAUGACUUCUUCGCUCAGCCCUGAGCUCUGCGGAGAUGAGGGAGCCUCUUGCGUUGGUGAAGAACGGCUGGAAGUGCUGAUGGCAUCACCGGGUAUGGAGGACGGGAGGAUCGGGGCGGCGGAGGAGGAGGCGGCGAAGGAGGCGGAGGCGGCGGCGGCGGAGGAGGAGGAGGAGGACGGCCAAAGCGAGGAGCAAGUUGAUCAGCUGCAGGAGCUGGAGGAGCUGCGGCCUGGAGAAGAGCCAGAGGAGGAAGUGGAGGAGGAGGAGGAGGAGGCAGAAUGUACACCGGGAGGGGAGGAGCAGCUGGAGGAGCUGGACGUAGAGGAGCUCCAUGUAAUCAGAGCAGACCCACAUCCGCCCGAGCCUUCUUCCCCGAUCAGCAGCGGCAGGAGCAGCAGCAGCCGGGACAGGGACAUGGGCAACGGCGCCGCGGGUGAGGGCCGCACGUCGUCGCCGGCGGAGGCAGAGGCGGAGGAGGCGGAGGCGGCGGCCGCCGUGCGGCGGUCCUCCACUGCCCCGGGGCCAUCGCUCACACCGCUGCAGCGCCUCCUCCAGCUGUGCGGCCAACAGCCUUUCCUUGAGCUCCAACAGCUGCCCACCAUGGACCACGUCAUCGACCAACUGCUAUUGGCGGCAACCACCGCAACCGACAUUACAACUGCCGCAACCACCGGGGAGGAAGGGUCGUGUGCUCCUGGGGCGGGCCGCAGAGGGAGGGGACGCAGGGUGGCGGGGGCUGCGGCGAAGCGGCCCGCCCUGGUGAAAGUGGGUGAGGGGAGCUACGGGGAGGCCUGGCGACUGGGGGAUAGCGGCGGCGGCCGCGGCCGCCGCGGUGGUGGUGGUGGUGGGAGCGGUUGUGGUGUCGCUAGCAGCGUUGUGAUGAAGGUGGUGCCGAUUGAUGGCGACAUGAUUUUCAACGGUGGGCCCCAGCGGAGUGCCAGCGAGGUCAUGUCCGAGGCAGUCAUGGGGCGAGCGCUGAGUGGUCUGAGGGAGGGACCCACACCAGGUGCCGUAGCUGCAGCAGCAGCAGCAGGAGCAGGAGCAGGCAAUUGGGACGGAGCCGCAGGACCCCCCACGGACCCCAGCGGCAGCGGCGGCUCGGCGAUUCUUCCCGCCAACUGGACUGCCGGCUUCGUACACAUGCGUGCACUGGCUGUGUGCCGGGGGCCGUACUCGCGGGAGCUGGUCAAUUCGUGGAAGAAGUGGGACGAGCAGUACGGCUCUGAGAACGAGCCCGUCAGUCGACUACCCCGCGACCAGCUGUACUGGGUUAGCGCAAUGGAGGACAGCGGCACUGACCUGGAGAAGUACGACCUGCUGAGCUGGGAGCAGCUUCGCAGUGUACUGCUGCAGGUGGCGGUGAGUCUGGCGGUGGCCGAGGCGGAGUUGUCCUUCGAGCACCGCGACCUGCACUGGGGCAAUGUGCUGGUGCAGCCGGCGGGGGGCCGACCCGACUACUGCGGACCCGGCGGCUGGCUGGCUGCGAGGCUGCGGGGACGGAACCUGCGGGUGGCUUCCUGCGGUGUGGCCACCACCAUCAUCGACUUCACCAACAGCCGCCUGGAGGCGCGGGACGGGCUGCUGGUGUUCUGCGACCUCAGCCGCGACCCGGCUGUGUUUGAGGGGACAAAGGGCGAUGUGCAGUUUGACACGUACCGCUGCAUGCGGGACUUCGUGGAGGACGACUGGUCCUCCAGCUGCCCCGCCACGAACUGCCUCUGGCUGGCUUACCUUGCGGAUGUGCUGUGUAAGAAGUUCGGAGGUGGAGGAGGUGGCGGGGGGCCCAAGGGGGGCAAGGGCUUUCGGCUCACAGCUGGGCAGAAGCGACAGCUCCAAGAGUUCAGGAAGCGUGCAGUACAGUACAACAGCUGCGGCGAUAUCAUGUGGGACGAGCUAUUCAAAGGCCAGCUACAGACUGAUGACGACUGA